AGAAAAUGCCUGUCGCUUCGCCCCUUGAUGCCCUCCGGGUUCAUCUGGCCUACGAACCGGUAGCUCUUAAAUUCGGAACCAGCGGUCGCCGUGGCCUAGUGAUCCAUUUAACGCAACUGGAAAUCUAUACCAAUGUGCUGGCCGAAAUCCGGUACCUGCAGUCAAUCGCGCCGUCCGAAGGCGGCAUUGCCAUCGGCGAUGACUUUUACUUUGCCCAUGACCUCCGCCCCAGCUCCACAGAGUAUGUAGAGAAUGGCCGCGGUGGUCUUUGCCAGGCGGUUCAGCAGGCGAUCAAAGAUGGAGGGAUGCGCCCUGUCAAUCUAGGUGCCAUUCCGACACCUGCUCUCACCUUUUUUGCCCUUGAAAAGGGAAAGGGGAGCAUCAUGGUGACCGGCAGUCAUAUCCCGUUCGAUCGGAACGGGUACAAAUUGAAUACUUCCAAAGGCGAGCUGUUGAAAGAGCAUGAGCAGCCGAUUGGUGAGGCUGUCAGUGUCACUCGUGGACAGCUCCUUGCGCAGCCCUAUGCCGAGUCUGUUUUUGAUUCCCAGGGCAUGUUGCGCGGGGUGGAUGCCACCCUGGUGGCCCCGGUGGCCAAUGGCAAGACCGCCUAUCUACAACGAUAUCUUGAUUUCUUCAGCGGACAGACGCUGCAGGGUAUGAAAUUGCUCAUCUACCAGCACUCGGCUGUCGGCCGUGAUCUGCUCGUCGAGCUGCUCGAAAAGAUGGGAGCCGAAGUGGUGGCUGUGGGUCGCAGCCAACAGUUCAUUCCUAUCGACACCGAGGCCAUUGAUCAGGCCCAGCUCGACACAGUCCAAGCCCUUUACGACGAAUCCGGUCAGAGCUUCCAUGCAGUCAUCUCUACAGACGGUGAUAGCGAUCGCCCGCUUCUCCUUGCACCCGAGAACGGUAAGCUGCGUUUUUUCAGCGGCGACCUUUUAGGCAUGGUAGUUGCAGAGUUUCUACGCCCCGAUGCCGUCGUCGUCCCGAUCAGCACCAACGAUGGCAUCGACCGUGGAUCCCUCGCCGGCGUGUUGGAGAAGAAGACCAAAAUCGGAAGCCCGUACGUGAUUGCUGGAAUGCAGCAGGCUAUUGACAGAGGGUGUCGCCGCGUGGUUGGAUGGGAAGCGAACGGCGGCUUCCUCACCGGCUCCGACAUUGAUAUCGAUGGCAAAGUGCUCACGGCGCUUCCCACUCGCGACGCCGUGCUGCCUUUACUGUGUGCUUUGUUCGCGACGCACCGAUCUCAAUCUACAGUCGCAACCCUGUUUGAAACGCUGCCGAAACGGUUCAGCCGGUCUGGAUUGAUCCGCAACUUUCCUCGUCCUAUCAGUGCUAAGAUUGUAGAGCGCCUCUCGCCUCCGGCUGCUAGCAUGCAGGAGGUAUACUAUCAGUCUGGCUUGGAGGACAUUAUCGUCCGCGAUGCCCAAGAUGGCCCGGUCACCAUUUCGGCCAUUCAUACUGAGAGGCUUGUCCGGAUUCGCCGAGAACUUGAAGCAAUAUUUUCUGCCCAGCUCGGCUUUGCACCAAUCACUCGGUUUAAUUAUACUGACGGAGUCCGCAUUGGAUUCGAGAAUGGCGAUGUUGCUCAUCUACGGCCGUCGGGCAACGCUGACGAGCUCCGCAUAUAUUCCGUCGCUGACCGGCAAGACCGCGCUGAAGAAAUCGUCAAGCUAGGAGUUGCGGAGCCAGAUGGUCUUCUGAGACGGUUGGCGAGUUUUGCCAAACUUUGAAUUGGUUUGUGUUGUAUCAAUGGAGUUACUGCAUUUGGACCUACUAUGUAGCUAUAUUAGCAGAAGUAUUUACCUAUUAUGGCAGGUAGAUAUAUAUCCUACUAACCUCGAUAGAAUCUUUGGCUAUUCAUUCAUAUACAAGUCAAC